AUGGAAAAACUUAAAGAAAAACUUACUUCUAUCCGCACCGAAGCUGAUGCUGCUUACCAACGCGCAGAAACUGCUGAAGACGAGCUGAAGAAAACCAAAGCUGAAAUAAUAAGUAAAGAACAAGAGAUUCUAUCGUUUCAUAAUAAAAUUGCACUUUUGGAAGCGGAGAAUGAUCGUAUAGGGAAAAAAGUCACGGACGAUAAACAUUUACAAGAGGAAGUCGAGUCGAAUAAGACAUCCACCGAGGCACUUCAGCGAAAAAUUGCUCUACUCGAAAAUGAGUUGGACAAUACCGGACAGAGUUUACAUGAAACAACAGAGAAACUUCGGCAAACUGAUAUUAAAGCCGAACAUUUUGAGAGGAAAGUACAUCAACUCGAAGUUGAGAAAGCUGAUCUGGAGAAAAAAAUAGCCACACUCGGAGAAGAACUUUCACAAAAAAAGAAAGAACUUGAAGAUACAUUAAAGGGAUCAAGUUCAAGCAAAAUGCUUCGAUCUAAAGGCUUUAUUAAGCGCACAAAGAAAGGAAACGCUGUCAAAGUAGUACAAGAACACUAUUUGCGUGAAGAUAUAUGGUGUUCUGUCGAGUCUUGUUCUCGGUGCUCUCACACUCAACCCAUACUGAGAAUAAUUCCGUCAAAUACAAAGAUUCUAGAUUCACCUCACCUUAUCGUUGCAGACACCAACGUGUUUAUGAAUCAGAUUGAUAUCAUCGAGCAUAAAUCUAUUCGAAACGUUAUUAUUUUGCAAACUGUAUAUGAAGAAAUACGGCAUCUGAGCCUCCCUAUAUAUAAUCGCUUAAAAGCUAUUAUCAAUGACACGAGCCGCGGGUUUUAUGUUUUUUCAAAUGAGCAUCACAGGGAAACAUAUACAGAGAGACUUAAGGAUGAAUCUCCAAAUGAUAGAAAUGAUAGAGCAAUAAGAUUGGCCGUAAAGUGGUAUUCUGCGCAUCUAAACAAGACGGUCAAAGUUUUGCUUUUAUCGGAUGAUGUAGCGAAUCGGGAAGAAGGAAAAAAAGAUGGAAUGCUAGCUUUUUCAGUCAGACAGUAUGUGGAAGGAAUGGUCGAUUUUCCUGAAUUAAUGGAUAUGCUUAGUAAUAUUAGUGAUAAUCAAGAAACAAAAGAUAAAGAAUUUACAUAUGAAGAGCACUUGAGCUCAGUACAUAUUUCCAAUGGUUUAAAAAAUGGAACAUUAUAUCAAGGAACUCUGAAUAUUAGCACGCAUAAUUACCUCGAGGGUUCAAUUAUGGCGAACAUUGAUGGAACUGACACUCAAAUUAUGAUACUUGGUCGUCAAUAUAUGAAUAGAGCAAUACAAGGGGAUAUUGUUGCUGUCAAACUACUUCCACAGAUAGAAUGGCUUAAGACGCCAACUGAAGUGAUAGUAGAUGAAGACGAAGAAAAUGUGUCGACAUUAAUCUCUAAGGAUAGUAAUGAUGGAGAAACUAAAGAAAAUAAUAAUAUCGAAGUUGAAGAGACGUUAGCUUCCACACCACAACCUACUGGUGAUAAGAAUACUGAAACUCAAGUCUUGCUAUUAGAACAUGACGUCCCGCAUCAAGAUUUUUCGCAACAAGUUUUAAGUGAGCUUCCAAUUGAAGGGGAAACUUGGAAAGUUAAUGAAGCUCACUUACGACAUAGAGUGGACAUGAGGCAUUUGAAUAUUUGUAGUAUAGAUCCUCCAGAUUGUAUGGAUAUUGAUGAUGCCUUGCAUGCUCGACAACUUCCUAAUGGCAAUUAUGAGGUGGGAGUUCAUAUCGCCGAUGUCUCGCACUUUAUUAAACCGGGAACCACGCUAGACCAAGAAGCUGCUAAUCGUGGUAAUACUGUAUACUUGGUAAACAAAAGAAUCGAUAUGAUACCACUUUUACUUGGAACCAAGUUGUGCUCACUUCGUGAAAAAGUGGAUCGAUUGGCUUUUUCCUGUCUAUGGGAAAUGAAUGCAGACGCAGAUAUAAUCCGGGUUAAUUUUGUCAAAAGUGUUAUUUGCUCUAAGGCUUCUUUAACUUAUGAGGAAGCUCAAAGAAGGAUCGAUGAUCCUCGUAUGAAAGAUGAUUUAUCAGAGAGUAUAAGACUUCUUAAUAAACUUGCUAAAAAACUACAUGUUAAACGCUUGGAACGUGGUGCUUUAACAUUAGCGAGUCCUGAAGUGCGAUUUCAAUUAGAAAAUGAUUCGCAAGACCCAGUUGAUGUCGAAAUGAAGGAAUUAAAGGAAACGAAUGCCCUUGUUGAAGAAUUCAUGUUGCUUGCCAAUACUUCUACGGCACAAAAAAUCAUUUCAAAAUUCCCUGCUUCUUCAUUGUUAAGACACCAUCCACCUCCCAGUGAAUCCAAGUUGGAAGACUUGGCGCAAUCAAUUUCCAAGUUUGGAUUUACUUUGAAAUAUAAUACUUCUAAAGACCUAGCAGAUUCCUUGAAUAAGGCGGAGCUACCGGAUGAGCCUUAUUUCAAUAAAUUAUUGAGAAUAAUGACAACCCGAUGUAUGAUGCAAGCUAAGUAUUUUUGUUCCGGGAAUUUCACCGAAAAGGAUUUUCUUCAUUAUGGUCUCGCUGCGGAAAUUUACACACAUUUCACAUCCCCUAUCAGAAGAUAUUCUGACAUAAUAGUUCAUCGAUUAUUGGAGGCAUGUAUUAACCCCAACUCUGUAUACAGUGAUGAAUUGACUGAUAAAACAAAGAUGCAAAAACUUUGUGAAGGAUUAAACUAUCGUCAUGUAAUGGCACAGCUAGCCGCCCGGAGUUCUGUGGAAUUACACACCAAUAUUUUUUUCAAAGGAAAAACCGAAAAAGAAGAAGGAUUUGUCAUACGUGUUGUCUACUCUUCUUUAUCUUCAUCGAAGAACUCUAAAACCGCUACUCCCGUUGUCUAUAACCCCCGCACUAACAGUCUUGACUCAUCUUUAUGUGAUGUCAACAUCAAACUUUUUGACAAGGUGACGAUACAAAUUACCAUUGAUGAAGAUUUGGUUGGUGGCAUGAGACAAAAAUUGAAAAUAGAGUUGUUAGAACCCUACAUACCCGGUUUGAGCGUCAAUAGUAAUAAUGUAGGGAAAGGAAGUGUAAGAAAAUCUGAUGACGAAAACAGAUUAUCCUCUAACGUCAAGAGGAUGAAGAUUAAUGCAUAA